AGAGGAGCGGAUAAGCGGUGCCUCCCUCUUAGCAAGGGCUUUAAAAACACAAGGAGUGGAGUUCAUGUUUGGUGUUGUAGGCAUUCCUGUAAUAGAAAUUGCCAUGGCUGCUCAAGCAGAAGGGAUAAAAUAUAUAGGAAUGCGAAACGAGCAAUCGGCUUGUUAUGCAGCUUCAGCCAUAGGAUAUCUUACUGGGAGACCUGGUGUUUGUCUCGUKGUAUCAGGGCCAGGAUUAAUUCAUGCCCUUGGUGGAAUGGCAAAUGCCAUGGAAAACUGCUGGCCAGUUCUUGURAUUGGUGGCUCAAGUGAUGUUGACCAGGAACAAAUGGGUGCAUUCCAGGAAUUUCCRCAGGUUGAUGCAGCAAGACAGUAUUGUAAACUGUCAGCUAGACCAAGUAGUGUGGAACAGAUAGGUUUCUUUGUUGAAAAGGCUGUCAGGACAAGCAUGUAUGGUCGUCCAGGAGCAUGCUACCUUGAUUUACCUGGAAAUAUGAUAACAGAAGAAGUUCUCGCAUCUAAGACCAGAAACAUACCAAAAUGCAGAAAUUCUCCCAGAAGUUUAGCAGAACCCAGUCAUGUAUCACAAGCACUGGAAACAUUAAGCAAAGCAAAGAGACCCUUGAUAAUCAUUGGAAAAGGUGCAGCUUUUGCACAUGCUGAAGUUCCAUUGCUAAGAUUUAUAGAAAGCACUGGCAUUCCAUUCCUCCCCACCCCUAUGGGGAAAGGAGUUGUACCUGAUGACCAUCCGCAGUGUGUAGCUGCUGCAAGAUCACAGGCUUUGCUGAAUGCCRAUGUGAUAYUUUUACUUGGAGCAAGGCUGAACUGGAUUUUGCAUUUUGGAAGACCACCAAGAUUUCAAGAAGACGUGAAAAUSAUUCAGGUUGACAUUUGCGCUGAGGAAUUAGGAAAUAAUGUACACCCAGAAGUAGUGUUGCUUGGAGACCUGGGCUUAGUAGUAGACCAGCUGAACAGUGAAAUUUCCAGACGUUACCAUGGAAAUGCUAUGAAACAUUUAGGAGGGUCACGUGAGUGGUUACGAGAAUUAAAAGUAAAAGUCCAAAAGAACGUUCUCCUCAGUCAGCAACUAGCAAGUGCAGAUACCUUCCCAAUGACGUAUUAUCAAGCUUACGGACAGAUCAGAGAGUUUUUACCGCGUGAUUGCAUCAUCGUGAAUGAAGGUGCAAAUACUAUGGACAUUGGGAGAACUAUGAUGCCCAACGUUUUACCGAGGCAAAGACUAGAUGCUGGUACAUUUGGAACUAUGGGUCUCGGGACAGGCUUUGCUAUUGCUGCGGCAAUGAUUGCAGAAAACGAGGCUCSCGAUGACCAKCCUGCUCGAAGAGUAGUGUGUAUCCAAGGUGAUAGCGCCUUUGGGUUUUCAGGGAUGGAAGUGGAAACCGCUGCAAGAUACAAUUUGCCAAUUGUAUUCAUGAUUAUAAACAACAAUGGCAUUUAUAGUGGACUUGACAAAAAGKCUUGGGAAUAUGUAGAUGAACCUGCAACCGAAUCUCCUCCAACUGCGCUUCUUCCAAAUGCAAGAUACGAAAAAAUUAUCGAAGCUUUCGACUGUAAAGGCUACUUUGCAGAAACCAAAAACCAGUUACGAGAUGCACUAACUAAUGCCUUUGAAGAGACUAAACACAAGAAAAAACCGGUUUUAAUAAAUAUCAUGGUGAAUACAUCCGCUGGUCGAAAACCGCAGGAUUUCUUCUGGCUUACACGUUCGAAAAUAUAAUUUCUUUUCAUUUAAGCUAAAAUUUUAAUCAAACAUGUGAAUGCCGUUUUAGUCGUGGUAUUAAACAGAUAAUCAACAACAAAUUUUUUAACAAAAUCAUGAAAUCUAGUGAAAAAAGCUAUAUUUGUUUAAUAAAACAUGAUUAAAAGCUAAAAUGUCAAA